CUAAAACACACAAGUUUCUUUCUCUCUCCUCUGUAUAUAUAGCCAACUAUAUACUGUCAGCCAAGUACACUAAUAAAUUAACCAAACACAGCAAUACAUACAUCAAGCUAGCUAAUAAUCAUGAGGGAAGAGCCUCACCACCACUGUAGUAAUCUCUCCCCUACAGGAUUCUUCAAUUUCAUCCCCCUUACCAAUUUACAUAACUACCCUUCUCCCUCUUCUCCUUCUUCUUCUUCUUCUCCUUCAACAACAACAAACCCUACAAUAAAGGAAGCCCUCCCCCUUCUCAACACCCUAAAUUAUUCAUGCAAUAAUAUUAUUAAUAAUAAUAAUAAUAAUAAUGAGUACUGCACCUUCAAGUGUGAGAAAAGCCACACAGAUGCAGCAGUAGCACUACAAAUAGGGCUACCUGAAGUUAGCCCUAGCAGCACCUCUGGUAAUCUGGUAAUUGAUUCAUCAAUGGGUGUGGAGAAAGGAGAAAGUGGAGUGGAGAUAGUGCUUUCUGGGAUGCCUUUGAACCGGUUGAGUAAUAUGGGUCAAUACUGGAUACCUUCGCCUACACAAAUACUCAUCGGACCAACCCAAUUUUCUUGCCACAUUUGUUCCAAGACUUUUAACCGAUACAACAAUCUCCAGAUGCAUAUGUGGGGCCACGGAUCGCAAUACCGAAAAGGGCCGGAAUCGCUAAGAGGAACGCAGCCGACGGCAAUGCUGAGGCUUCCGUGCUACUGCUGCGCACCGUCAUGCAAGCACAAUAUAGACCACCCGAGGGCGAAGCCGCUCAAGGAUUUCCGAACCCUACAAACGCACUACAAGAGGAAGCACGGCGCGAAACCGUUUGCAUGCAGGAAGUGCGGCAAACCCUUCGCCGUGAAGGGAGAUUGGAGGACUCACGAGAAGAACUGCGGUAAGAUAUGGUACUGCGUUUGCGGUUCCGAUUUCAAGCACAAGCGGUCGCUUAAGGACCACAUUAAGGCCUUUGGACACGGCCACGGUGCUAAUUGUAGUAAUAAUUUUGAGUUGCAUUCCGAUCGGUUUGAGGAGGAUGACGAGGAGGAGGAGUACACGUCGGAGAUUGAUCAGCAUGGCGGCGGCGGUGGUGGCGGCGGCGGCGGCGGUGGUGGUGGUGGAGAGUCUCCAAUGUGAAUUAUCUAUAUAUAUGCAUGGAGAAUUUGAGGGUUUAUGAUGUAAUUGGUUUUUGUGUUUCACAUUGGUAUGGGAAAGAUGAGUUUGCACUUUUUUUCUCUAAAGAUUUGUUUCUUUUUCAUCUAAUUUAAUUACCUACACUUAGUUUUUUUUUUUAUAUGUAAAUAUGACUUGUUUGUGUUGGUGUAAUAUAUGAGGGUUUUGA